AUGAACGAAAGAUUUUCAGCGCAGAGACCAUCUCAUUUAAAACCAAAUCCAAAUUGUCGUCGUGAUCAAGAAAUAAAUAUAUUAUUACUAGGGCAAACAGGAGUCGGAAAAUCAACAUUCAUUAAUGCUUUCGCCAACUACAUGAUUAAUGACACUCUGAUCGAUGCAGUCAAUGAUGAAAUGCAAGUCGUUAUUCCAUCUUCUUUUUCUUAUACUAUCAAUGAUGAGAACGAUGAAAAUGUCGAUAGAACGAUCGUUAUUGGUCAGGCAAACGAAUAUGAACAGUUUAGUGACGCAGGUCAUUCAAAUACACAGCAAUGUCGAAGUUUCAUUUUUCCGAUUGGUGAUCGAAAUUUACGAUUUAUCGAUACACCAGGCAUCGGUGACACAAGAAGUAUUGAUCAAGAUUCGAAAAAUUUUCAGGAAAUCUUAACUUUUAUUGCUCAGUAUGAACAUUUGAAUGGAGUGUUUAUCUUGCUGAAACCGAACGAAGAACGGUUGACUAUAUUCUUUCGAUUUUGUGUCAACGAACUUCUUCGACAUUUACACGUCGGUGCUAAAGAUAAUAUCAUGUUUGUUUUUACAAAUGCACGAUCAACUUUCUUCACACCAGGUACCACAAACAAACUUCUUCGAGGGCUUUUAAAGAAGCAUCGAGAGGAUCACAACGUCGAGGUUCCAUUUGUCAAAGAAAAUACAUUUUUCUUUGACAGUGAGUCAUUUCGUUACUUAGCAUUACGUAAAAAUGGUAUUCAACUAGAUAAUGAACAAACACUAAGCUACAUUAGAAGUUGGGAUCAUUCUGUCAAAGAAUACGCACGUCUAAUGAAAUUCAUUGCUACACGUCCGCUUCAUGGUGUAAAAAAAACGCUUUCGUUAAAUGAAGCUGAACAGCUUAUUCGGAAGCUUAGCCGACCAAUUGCUGAAAUAGCAAGACUUAUCGAGGAAAACAUUCAACUUGCCAAAGAAUGUAAAAAGAAAGUGCUUAAUAAUCCUGAUAUUGUAUUAGAAGGAAUACCUCAGAAUGAAGCUGCAGUUAAACCAUUACAAAAUCCACGAACAGUGUGCAUGAGUGAUAAGUGCCGUCAAGCCGUUCUGGUAGGUGAUGAAACAAAAAUGGAAUAUCGAUCUAUAUGCCAUGAUGUAUGUUAUUUAAAAGGUGUCGUGCAAGAAAGAUUAAGUGAUCCGGAACUAGAAUAUUGUGAAGUGAUGGAUCCUGAUAACGGUAAAAUAUUUCACAUCUUCUCUUAUUAUUACUUGAAUGAUUUAUAA